CUUCCGGAAGAAGUACGGCGUGCGGCCGGGGUCAGUCCCAGCCGCAGCCUGAGCGAGCUGACAGAGAAGCUACAGAGGAGCAAGUUACCCGUCCUGGAAGUUCCGGGGUGUUGCAUCGGAGGCUAGCCCCGGUGCUCUCGCAGGGUCUCCCUCUUCUGCCUCCUCGUUGUCACCCGGAGCCAGCUAUUAAGGCCUGAACUCCAGGCCUGCGGCCGUGCCGCCAUGGACUUUUCCAAGUUCCUGGCCGAGGACUUCGACGUGAAGGAGUGGAUCAAUGCGGCCUUCAGGGCUGGCCCGAAGGAGGCGGCGGCGGGGAAGGCGGACGGCCACGCAGCCACCCUGGUGAUGAAGCUGCAGCUGUUCAUCCAAGAAGUGAACCACGCCGUGGAGGAAACAAGUCUCCAAGCUCUUCAGAACAUGCCCAAAGUGCUCCGUGAUGUCGAAGCCCUGAAACAGGAGGCAUCUUUUCUGAAAGAACAAAUGAUUCUUGUCAAGGAGGACAUUAAAAAAUUUGAACAGGACACAUCUCAAUCGAUGCAGGUGUUGGUGGAAAUUGACCAAGUGAAGUCCAGGAUGCAGCUUGCUGCUGAAUCUCUUCAAGAAGCAGAUAAGUGGAGCACGUUAAGUGCUGAUAUUGAAGAGACAUUUAAGACUCAGGACAUAGCUGUGAUUUCUGCCAAGCUAACAGGUAUGCAGAACAGCUUAACGAUGCUUGUUGAUACACCAGACUACUCAGAAAAGUGUGUGCACUUAGAGGCAUUGAAGAACAGGCUGGAGGCCCUGGCCAGUCCCCAGAUCAUAGCAGCAUUCUCCUCUGAGGAUAUAGAUCAGUCCAAAAUGUUUGUGAAGAUUUUUACUGAAGUUGACCGGAUGCCCCAGCUCCUUGCCUACUACUACAAGUGUCACAAGGUGCAGCUUUUAGCAGCCUGGCAAGAGCUGUGCCAGAGUGAACUCCCCCUGGACCGGCAGCUCACUGGACUCUAUGACGCCCUGCUCGGUGCUUGGCACACACAAAUCCAAUGGGCUACGCAGGUUUUCAAGAACCCCCACGAAGUGGUGACGGUGCUGCUGAUCCAGACCCUGGGGGCCUUGGUGCCCUCCCUGCCCAUGUGCCUCAGCUCCGGAGUGGAGAGGGCAGGGCCUGAGCUGGAGCUUACCAAGCUGCUGGAGUUCUACGAAGCCACCGCCCACUUCGCCAAGGGGUUGGAGAUGGCGCUGCUCCCCCACCUACAUGAACACAACCUAGUAAAAGUCACAGAGCUGGUGGAUGCUGUGUAUGGGCCGUACAAACUCUACCAGCUGAAGUAUGGGGACAUGGAGAAGAACAACCUCCUCAUCGAGAUCAGCGCUGUGCCUUUGGAGCAUGGGGAAGUGAUUGACUGUGUGCAGGAGCUGAGCCACUCUGUGAAAAAGCUGUUUGGUCUGGCAUCUGCAGCUGUUGACAGAUGUGCCAGAUUCACCAAUGGCCUGGGAACCUGUGGCCUGCUGGAAGCUCUGAAAUCCCUUUUUGCCAAGUAUGUGUCUGAUUUCACCAAUACUCUCCAGUCAAUACGAAAGAAAUGCAGACUUGACGACAUUCCUCCCAAUUCCCUUUUUCAAGAAGAUUGGACGGCUUUUCAGAACUCCAUUAGGAUAAUAGCCACCUGUGGAGAGCUCUUGCGGCAGUGUGGGGACUUUGAGCAGCAGCUAGCAAACAGGAUUUUGUCCACAGCUGGGAAGUAUCUGCCUGACCCCUGCGGCCCUUGGAGCCUGGCCAGUUUUCAGGAUAGUAUCUUGACAGACAAAAAGAGCUCUGCCAAGAACCCAUGGCAAGAAUAUAAUUACCUCCAGAAAGAUAACCCUGCUGAAUAUGCCAAGUUAAUGGAAAUACUUUAUACCCUCAAGGAAAAAGGGUCAAGUAAUCACAACCUGCUGUCUUCGCCUCGGGCAGCCCUGACUCGGCUUAACCAGCAGGCGCACCAGCUGGCCUUCGAUUCCGUGUUCCUGCGCAUCAGACAGCAGCUGUUACUCAUUUCCAAGAUGGACAGCUGGAACACGGCCGGCAUUGGAGAAACCCUCACGGACGACCUGCCCGCCUUUAGUCUUACCCCUCUUGAGUACAUCAGCAACAUUGGGCAGUAUAUCAUGUCCCUGCCCCUGAAUCUUGAACCAUUUGUGACUCAGGAGGACUCCGCCUUGGAGCUGGCAUUGCACGCCGGAAAGCUGCCGUUUCCUCCUGAGCAAGGGGAUGACUUGCCUGAGCUGGACAACAUGGCCGACAACUGGCUGGGCUCCAUCGCCAGAGCCACGAUGCAGACCUACUGCGACGUGAUCCUCCAGAUCCCCGAGCUGACCCCACACUCCACCAAGCAGCUGGCCACCGACAUCGACUAUCUGAUCAAUGUGAUGGACGCCCUGGGCCUGCAGCCGUCCCGCACCCUCCAGAACAUCGUGACGCUCUUAAAGGCCAGGCCUGAGGAUUAUAGGCAGGCCAGCAAAGGCGUUCCGCCUCGCCUGGCCUCCACGGUGGCCAGCAUGCGGAGUGUGAGUUACUGAUCCGCCACGCGCCCGACUGCCGAGGUCAAGGCUGGUGUUCUGCAGUCUCGGGACUCAACUAGCACGGACUCAUGCUAAAACUGCCAGGGACUGGGCAGAAUUUGUUUUAAAAAGACUUGGUUCAUUUAUAUAAUCAAGAAAAGGUUGUAAAUUAGAGAUAUAUUAUUUAUCAGAGGGGACUUUUUAGAUAAUUUUUUAAUAUGAUGUGAUCUUGAA